AUGUCUUCUCCACUUCAAGAUAUUUCUAACCAAAUUUCGUUAUCAUCUAAUGAUAACCCUCGAAGCAGUAGAGUGUCCGAUUGCACUCUACCAGUUGGAAGCUCCAGCAAUAAUUCAUCUCAAAUUAAUACAAACAUAAAGACAGGGUCAACAUAUAAUCAAUCUACAGUGACGUUUGCUUCAAACAACUUUGAGCCCAAUUUCAAUUUUAUUGAGAUUGAAAAAGAAAUGUAUGUUGACCUUGGAGAUAUGAAUAUGAUUUGUAAUUAUUGCGGAGCUAUACUAUGGGAUAUGGAACGAGUUGAUAAGAGUAAAGCCCUCCUUGAGCCUGAUUUCUCGAUUUGUUGUUCUAAAGGCAAAAUAUCUAUUCCUUAUUUGAAAGAUCCCCCUGAGUUAUUGUUGAAGUUGCUUACCAACAAUGAACCAAGGAGUCGAAAUUUCCUUGAUAACAUUAGGUUGUACAAUAGUAUGUUUGCAUUCACCUCACUUGGAGGUAAAGUUGUGAACAAUCAAAAUGAUGGUCACGGUCCUCCACAAUUCAUUAUUAGUGGACAAAAUUAUCAUCGGAUUGGAAGUUUGCUUCCACAAGAAGGCCAUGCUCCAAAGUUUGCUCAAUUGUAUAUAUAUGAUACAAAGAAUGAAGUGGAAAAUAGAUUGAAACAUUUCAGAGGUGUUGAUGGAAAAAGUAAUAUUGAUCCUUACUUGGUCUCUGACUUGAUUCAAAUGGUUGAUGAGUUCAAUCGUUUGGCCAAGUUAUUUAGAAGAGUGCGUGAUUAUGUCGAAGAAGGUCAUGCUGAGAAUGUUGCUUUGAGAUUAUUUAGAAGUUGUUCCCUUGAUCCAAAUACCUACAAUCUUCCAAGUGUAGAUGAAGUUGCAGCUUUAAUAGUUGGUGAUUUUGAUAGCUCUGACUGUGGCCGAGAUAUUAUUCUACACACAAAGAAUAGUCAAUUGCAAAGGAUUUAUGAAAACCACAGUUCCGUCCUUCCACUACAAUACCCACUUCUAUUCCCAUAUGGUGAAAAGGGUUUUUCAGAGGAUAUUGACUUUGCAAAUAAACAUAAUGUUAAUACAGAUCCCAGGCGUGAUCACAUUUCUUUGCGUGAAUGGGUAGUUUUUAGACUUUUUGAAAGGAACUUUGAGUGCAAGAGAAUUUUCCUUUCUAGACGUCUAUUCCAACAAUUUGUUGUUGAUUGCUAUUCAAUGAUUGAGUCUCAAAGGUUGUAUUACUAUCGUAACAAUCAGUCCUCUAUUAGAAGACAUUUUUUGGAAGGAAUUGAGGAAGCAAUGACCCGUGGUGAUACCAAUUCAUCAACCGUUGGUUCUAAAGUAUACCUUCCUUCAUCUUUCAAGGGUGGUAAGCGAUACAUGUUCAAUAAUUGUCAAGAUGCUAUGGCUAUUUGUAGAACUUAUGGGUAUCCCGAUCUGUUCUUGACAAUGACAUGUAAUCCAAAAUGGCCUGAAAUUGAUCGCCAUGUUGCUGCAUAUGGAUUAACUGCUUCGGAUCGCCCAGACCUAGCUUGCCGUGUUUUCCAUAUGAAAUUAAAUCAAUUUAUUGUUGAUGUCAAGAAGGGUGAAUUCUUUGGAAAGGCUGUGGCAGGCACAUAUACCAUUGAGUUCCAAAAAAGAGGAUUGCCCCAUGCUCAUAUUCUAUUGUGGCUUAGUAUGGAAAAUAAGCUACGUACUCCUAAUAGUAUCGAUUCUGUUAUAUGUGCUGAAUUGCCGGACCCUAUUCUUUAUCCUGAAUUGUUUGAAUGUGUUUCAAACUAUAUGGUUCAUGGUCCAUGUGGUAUCAGCAACAGAGAUUCUCCUUGCAUGAAGAAUGGUCAUUGCUCCAAAUUCUUUCCAAAAAAGUUUAUAGGGAAAACUUCAUUCGAUAGUGAUGGUUAUCCAAUUUAUAGAAGGAGAGAUACUAAAAUUACAACCAUUAGGAAAGGAGUGCCUUUGGAUAAUAGGUUUGUCGUUCCUUAUAAUCCAAAAUUGUUAAUGAAAUAUCGCGCUCAUAUCAACAUUGAGUAUUGCAACAAAUCAAACUCCAUUAAGUACUUAUUUAAAUACAUUAAUAAGGGAGUUGAUAGGGUGACAAUGUCAAUGUCUGUGCAACAACAGAACAAGGAUCAAGAUGAAGGGCUAAAUGAGAUUAAACAAUAUUAUGAUUGUAGAUAUCUUUCGCCAUGUGAAGCUUUGUGGAGGAUAUUUUCAUUUGAGAUCCACCUUAAGUGGCCACCUGUCAAAAAACUCAUCUACCACUUACCAAAAAAGCAAGUGAUCUUAUUUAAGGAAGAACAACGUAUCAAGAACGUUCUUGAAAGAAACAAAUUGAAACAUAGCAUGUUCACUGCUUGGAUGGCAGCAAAUGCUAAAUAUCCCGAUGGCUUAGGUCUAACGUAUGCUGACUUCCCUUCUGCAUUUGUAUUUGAUGAAAAAAAACAAGAAUGGCGUCCAAGGCAAAGAGGAUUUUCUAUUGGCCGAAUGAAUUUUGUUGCACCUGGUUCUGGCGAGUUGUAUUACUUGCGACUUCUUUUGACUUAUCAACGUGGUUGUUCAAGUUAUGAAGAGUUGAAGACACAUAAAAACAAGACUUAUGCAACUUUUCGAGAGACAUGUGAUGCAAUGGGUUUGUUAAAAGAUGAUAGUCAGUUCAUUGAUGCUAUACUUGAUGUUGCUAGAAUUUCAUCUGGUACUUAUGUGAGGAACUUAUUUGUUACAUACUUAUUGGGAAACACACUAAGUAGUCCUUUGAAUGUAUGGAAUAAGACAUGGCAUGAUCUCGCGGAUGGUAUUCUGUAUAAUUUGCGAAAAUCUCAUAACAAACCAGAUUUGGUUAUUGAAGAACAUCAGCUCAAGGAUUUGUGUUUAAUGGAGAUUGAGAAAAUUUUGAUGAUUAAUGGAAAAUCUCUGAAGGAUUUCUCUGGAAUGCCUCAUGUUGAAGCUAACACAUUGAAUGACUUUGGCAAUAUCUUGAUAAUCAAUGAACUGAAUUUUGAUGUUGUUGAGAUGAACCGACUACACAAUGAAUUUUUUGUGAAGUUGAACCAUGGCCAGUCAAAGGUUUAUGAUGAAAUUAUAACUGCUGUCAAUGUAGACAAUGGUGGUUUUUUCUUUGUUUAUGGUUAUGGUGGAACAGGAAAAACAUUUCUAUGGAAGACCUUAACUUAUAAGUUGAGAUCAGAGAAAAAAAUUAUAUUAAAUGUUGCAUCAAGUGGAAUAGCAUCUCUUUUACUCCCAGGUGGGCGGACCGCACAUUCAUUAUUCUCUAUUCCCCUUUCAUUGAAUGAGGAUUCAUGUUGUGGGAUACCAUUAGGAAGUCCGAAAGCUGAACUCUUACAACUUGCUAGCUUGAUAAUUUGGGAUGAGGCGCCAAUGGUUAGUCGGUUUGCUUUUGAGGCUUUAGAUAGAACUCUAAGGGACAUUAUGAGGUUCAAAACCAAUGGUAGUUCUGAAAAACCAUUUGGUGGAAAGGUCGUUGUUUUAGGAGGAGAUUUUAGGCAAAUACUACCUGUCAUUCCUAAAGGUAGGAGACCAGAGAUAGUUAUGUCAACCAUUAACUCCUCCAGGUUAUGGAAAUUUUGCACGGUUUUGACUUUAACUGAGAACAUGAGACUGAUGAACAACACAUGCUCUGGAGACAAUGAGGAGAUUAGAGAGUUUGGAAAGUGGGUUUUAGAUGUUGGUGAUGGUAACUUGGGUAAUUAUAAUGAUGGAGAGUCUAACAUUCAGAUACCUUAUGAUUUGCUAAUUCAUCAAUCAUCCAACCCUAUUGCAGAUAUUGUGCACUUAAUGUAUCCUGAUAUGGUUCAGAAAGUUGGUUGUGUUGAAUACUAUUGUGACAAAGCAAUACUUGCUCCAACUUUGGACGCAGUUGAUUCAAUCAAUCAAUAUGCAUUGUCAUUAUUUCCUGGAGAUGAACAAGCUUAUUUUAGCUCUGAUUCAGUAUGGAAGGUUAGCGAGGAAAUUGGAAUUGAAGCUGAUUGGUUAACCACUGAAUUUUUAAAUGGUAUGAAAUGUUCUGGUAUGCCUGAUCACAAGUUGGUACUUAAAAAAGGUGCACCUGUUAUGCUCAUGCGAAAUCUAGAUAUUUCUACAGGUUUAUGCAAUGGAACACGACUUAUUGUUGACUACUUAGGUCCAAAUGUAAUUGGUGCCAUUGUUCUCUCUGGUACACAUAUUGGAAAGAUUGCAUAUAUUUCUAGGAUGAAUUUGAUGCCAUCUGAUGAAAGCAUGCCAAUUAAGUUUCAAAGAAGACAAUUUCCUUUGAUUGUAUCUUUUGCGAUGACUAUAAAAAAAAGUCAAGGUCAAUCAUUAUCUCAAGUUGGUGUCUAUUUACCGAAUCCUGUUUUUUCUCAUGGGCAAUUGUAUGUUGCUAUAUCCAGAGUUAAGAGUAGAUCUGAUUUGAAGAUAUUAAUAUGCAAUGAAGAAACUACAGACCAAGAUGUUACGAAGAACAUUGUCUUCAAGGAAGUUUUCCAAAGGAUUUACAACAAUUAG